AUGCUAUUCUUAGUUUAUUUAUUAUUUUUUGAAAUAGGCUCAUAUUCAGCAAGCAUAACAGGAUCUGUAAAGUUUAUAUAGAAAGAACUAAAGUUAUUAGACGAAUAUAAUCUUAUUGACCAGUGAUAUGAAGAUGAUUCAAAUAGAGAAUAUUUUACUUUUUUGUCUAAAAGAAGCAGUCAAAGCUCAGCAAACCGAACUAUAAAUGAACUGUAUAGGGAUUCAUAUAUGGAAAUUUACAAAGUUCAAGAAGAUCAAAAAUGUAUUCCGGAAUCUUUUGGAUAUACGGAUGAAGAUUCAUUAUUAAACUUUCCACGGAUGAAUUUUCCAAAAUGUGCAGAUAAAUUGAAUGCACACAAAACGGUAAUAGAAAUUGAUGUUGAAAAGGAUCAGCUGAUAAUGAAUUGCCCUGAUGGGGAUGGAUGAUAUUACUUAGGAUGCAACCAAGAUGAUGAGCUUAUAGGAGAAGAUAAUUAUCAUGGGAAAAAACAAAAAUACCCUGGCCAUCCAGUUAAGCUCAAAAACAAUGAAGAGUGGGCAUAUGGAACUUGUGGAGAAAAUUUUCCAUUACAAGGAGCUACUUAUAUAAAUAGACCCAAAGAAAGUUCCAAGGAAAGGGCAAAAAAUAUAAUGAAGACCAUUCAAGCACAAAUGCUUAACACGAAAAGCGAAAGCCAAACUCGUCCUUUAACUGUGCUUAUUUUGACCUUUGAUUCCAUAUCCAGAAUGAGUUUCUAUCGGAACCUUCCAAAAACCCAAAAAUUCCUAAGUUCUCUUUCUCCUGAAAAAUUUAGGGUGUUUGACUUUAAGAUUCACAAUGUGAUGGGAGAUGGGUCUAUUCCUAAUGUUUUUCCUCUGAUUUCAGGCAGAGCCCUUGAAUCUGUUUCAAAAUUUGAUGCUGAAAAAAAUAAAAAAAACAAGACUGAUUUGCUGGGCUCAGCAUCAAUUUGAAAUUAUUUAAAAUCAAAAGGAUGAGUAACUUUGUUUGGUACAGAAUUUUGUAAAGAUUAUUUUGCUAAGAAAUUAGGAAGAAAGCCUGAUGUCGAUCAUUUGAUGACUGGUUUUUGGUGCGCAGCCACUGACUUGCUAAAUUAUGAGUAAACUGCUAUAUAGUGAUUCUGACACAGAUCAGAGAUGCAUAGGCAAUCAAAAUUCUCAUGUCUAUUCACUAAACUACACAUAUCAAUUUAUUCAAAAUUAUCAAGGAAUUAAUAAAUGAGCUCAUAUAAUGAGUGUGCCUGCUCAUGAGAAAUCAGGAACUGUUGUACAAACUCUUGACGAUGAUUUAUUAGUUUUUAUGAAAAAAUUUCUAGAAACAAAGGAUGAAUUACUAAUAUUUUUAAUGGCAGACCAUGGAAUGCGCUAUGGUAGCUGAUAUAAAAUUAUUGAUGGGUAUUUAGAACACAAAUUGCCUAUGCUAUUUCUAAUUGGAUCUACUUCAAUAUUGCAAGACAUUCCAGAUGCAAUCGAAAACCUAUCACACAAUGCAGAUCGCCUUGUGACAAAAACAGAUCUCCAUCGAACAUUAAAACAUCUUGCUAAUAUUCCAUAUUUUCGUAGCUUCAACAGAUUUUCUCGAUAUGAGUAUAAGUCUUGAACUGCUGAAGGCGAUGCUAUAAGCUUGCUUAUCGAUAAAGUCCAAUUGUCUAGAGAAUGCUCAAAGGCUGCUAUACCAAAAAUUUGAUGCUCAUGCCCAAAACUUCAAGCAUUAGAGAGAAAAGUCUUCGAUGGGAGACAAACUGAUGACAAAUUUAUUCUUGAAAUUCGAAAAAUAAUAGAAAAUAUUGCGGAAAUGAUGAUUUAUGAAAUAAAUCAAGAGACUUAUGGAUCUUUUUACUCAGAAGGAUGGCGGAUAUGCCAAAAAAUUACCAUGAAAAAAAUUGAUUAUGCGGAAUGGUCGAGAUAUGAUUAUGGAAUCCAUUUGUAUAAGGUAAGAGUAAGUAUAAAUGAAGAUGAAAAAGUGAAAUAUGAAGGUUUGGCAAUGGUUUCAGAAAGAGAUAUAAUUGAGAGAAGUCGAAAGACAGUUUUCCCUUUAUCUUCUGUUAUUAAUGAUGGGAAAAAAAAUCUGAAAAUUUUAUAUUUGAAUAGAAAAGGCCCUCAGUCUGAUUGAUGCAAAAAAUUGUCUUUCGGAAAAAAAAUGUUUGGGUCUCUUUGCUUAUGCAAUGAAUAUCAAGAAAUAGAGAAAUAUAAUCCAAUAGCAAUAGAAAAAAUAUUAAAUGAAUCAUAA